CCCUCACUCAAACUUGGACCAACCUCAUUCCCGCCCCAAUCUCCCGCGACUACAACUCCUGCGGAUCCUUGAUAACGAAUAGUCUAUAUUGACUACCAUACUCAGGUCGGUCUUAGUCCUUCGGCGGAAAGGGAAAGCAGAACCCUCAAAAAUCCACCGCCCACGCCAACAUGGCCGCCGAACAGCGCAAGCUGCUCGAGCAGCUCAUGGGCGACCAGUUCAUGGGCACGGGCGGCUCAUCGAAAAGCGCAAACCUAACCCUCACAUCGCCCAACGUAUGCCGCUCAUAUCUGGUCGGUACAUGUCCGCACGACCUAUUCACCAACACCAAGCAAGACUUGGGCCCGUGUCCGAAAGCCCAUCCGGAGCACUUGAAGAUCGAGUACGACAACCUCAGUCCCGCGGAGAAGGCCAAGUACGGAUUCGAAUACGACUACAUGCGGGACAUGCAGAAGUACAUUGACGACUGCAACCGGAGGAUAGACCAGGCGCAACGGCGACUAGAAAAGACACCAGACGAGAUCAGACAGACGAAUAACCUGCUCAAAACGAUAUCGGAUCUUACAAAGACGAUCAACACGGGUCUUCUGGAGGUCAACUGUCUCGCCGAGAUGGGCUCCGUCUCGCUGGCCUGUCAGGAAUUCUACAAAGUCCGGACGGCAAAGUUGGCCAAGGAGCAGGCUGAACGCGAUCUCAAGGCCUUGUCCGACACCAGUGGGCCGUCGGGACAUCAGAAAUUGCAGGUCUGCGAUGUCUGUGGCGCAUACUUAUCACGGCUGGACAAUGAUAGACGGUUGGCGGAUCACUUUUAUGGGAAGAUGCAUCUUGGGUAUGCACAGAUGCGCCGCACGUACGAGCAAUUACAGAAGGAAUUGAAGGGUCGUCCGCCCCCAAUGAGACAUGAAGAUAGCAGUCCUGCUGGUCCGAGAGGGUAUGAUGAUGGCGGAUACGGUGAGGGAGGAGGCGGCUGGGGUGGCCGUGGUGGGUAUGGAGGACGUGGCGGGUAUAGAGGAGGCGGUGGAUAUCGCGGACGAGGACGAGGUAGAUGGUGAUCUCGACCGAACUAGUCCUUGUAACUGUUUUUCUUUUUGGAUUCUACGGGCAAGGGGUGCGAAAAAGGCGUCUCGGAGGAGGCUAAGGUUGUUCCCAAGGUUUCUCAUUUUCUACCCAGAAUGUGCCUGUUUUGGCAGCAUAACUGAUAUGCAGUUCUCGAGAUACCCAUGUAGUGGCAGGAUGCGAUAAGAAAAAUAUCAUGACCGCUUGAACGCUUUUCAUUCUUGAGACAAGGCAUCAAACACACGCACAACCAAUUCCAU